GUGCCUAAAUGUCGAACAUCUUUGCACUUUUCUAAUGGAAUAAUGGAACCAAUCGUCUUCAUUGAUUCUCUGGACAACAUCUCAAUCGUCAAUCUGAAUGUUCCGGCGCUGUCCGCAUCGCCUCCGCCGACAUUCGCCUCCGAGUCAUCGACGGCUGCUUUUGAUUUGUUGGAAAGCGAAAGAAACGCUUCUCUACUUUGCGACCAUUUGGACGACGAUCGACUGCAAAGAGCGCCGUUUGCGUCGUCCGAGUCGUCGUCAGUAAUCGUCUCUUUGGCUGACGAACGACGCGGCGGACGACGAACGACCAGUUCGCUGGACAAAGUGCGGACGUGGAAGAAGUACAAGAACAAGAAGCAUUUGAGUCAAACAGAAUUGGACCGGAAGCGCGAUUUGGCCAACAAACAGGAGCGCCGAAGAAUGCAUCGUUUGAACGACGCGUUGAACCGUUUGCGUCAGGUAUUGAGACCCGAAAUGCGUCCUUCAUUUGAACGAAUUGUAUCAUCACAUCAGGUGAUCCCCGCGGAACUGCAACAUCCGCCUCCGAGACGAUUAUCGAAAAUAAAAACUCUUCAGUCGGCGAUUCGUUAUAUUCAAAGACUUCAAGAAUUGCUUUCAAAUCAUUAGUUUUUUAUUAAAUAAAUCGUUUCACCGGAGAUGCGAAUUGUCACGUGAUUGCA